AUUAUAUACACCUCUGUAUCUCUCUCUCUUUUACAGUACAUCGUCGCCCCUAAAUCCAGUCCUUGAAUCGCUGUGCUGUGUCUCGAUUUCUAGAGAGAGAAAGAGUCAAGCACCUCUUGUUCGAACAUCAAUGGCGUUCGUAGCGUUCCUUGGGAGACUCCUUUUCGCCUCUGUCUUCAUUCUCUCUGCUUGGCAAGAGUUUAAUGAAUUUGGUGUUGAUGGUGGGCUGGCUGCAAAGUCUCUGAGACCAAAGUUCAACGUUUUCUCGAAUCAUGUGUCAAUUCAGACUGGGCUGCAAGUGCCAGAUGUUGAAAUCAAGUAUCUAGUUGCCGCAACUAUAGCUAUGAAGGCUCUUGGAAGCCUUCUUUUCAUCUUUGGCAGCUCUCUCGGAGCUUAUCUGCUGCUUCUGCACCAGGCAAUUGCUGCUCCAAUCUUGUAUGACUUCUACAAUUACGACGUUGAGAGCAAAGAAUUUUCUACUCUUUUUGUGAAGUUUACACAGAGCUUGGCAUUGGUGGGGCCAUUGCUCUUCUUUAUUGGAAUGAAGAAUUCGAUGCCAAGGAGACACAAGAAGAAGGCUCCCAAAACUAAAACAGUUUGAGACAGAAUGAAAUGGGUUUGGCUUGUUUGUUUGGUACAUGUUAUUCACAAUGCUAAAGUCCAUGGAUAUUGCACGGGGAUCGAGUUUUGUAUGCUUGUAGCGUCGAGGAGGCAGUUUCUUUGGUUUUCAUUUUCUUCUAUUUUGGGCCUAGUUAACUUACUUUCUAAUGUUUAGGGUGUGAUUUUCUCAUUGUGAUUUAUGGAAAUUUUGAAUUGAGUUUUAGAGAAAUAUAAUGUAUUCUAGGUUUUACAUAAA